AUGGCCAAGCACCCGGACGUGCCCGAGGACCGCGCGCGCGCGGCGCUCGUCGCCGCGGACGGCUCCGCGGGCAUGGCCAAGGAGCUGCUGGGCCUGCCGCACGCGUGCGCGGCGUGCCUCCGCGACGACGUGUCGCCCGCGCGCGCGUCCUACACGACGGUCAUGAAGGCCUGGCUCUGCGUCGAGUGCAAGCGCGACGGCUGGGUCCCGGCGCCGCUCAACAAGGGCUGGGUCCUCGCCGAGGGCUCGGCCGGCGCGCUCGCGCUCGCCGCGGAGCGCGAGGCCUACCUGGCCCGGCUGAAGCUCGAGGACGCGCAGCGGCGCGCCGCGCCCCCCGACGAGCAGGUGGAGGACGAGGAGGAGGAAGAGGAGGAGGAGGAGGACGUCGAGGACGAAGACGAGCAGUCCGACGAGGACGAGGACGACUCGGACGACGGCGAGCUCGUCGCCGCGACGCGGCCGCGGCGCAUCAGGAUCGUCGUCGACGGCUUCGGCGACCACAGCCCCAAGUGGAAGGCCUGGUGCCCCGGGCGCCGGCGGUCCAAGAAGCGCGGCCGCUGGCGCGUGCUCACGCGGCGGACCGCGAGCGUCUGCCGCUACGGCCCCUCGGGCCCGAAGACGGCGCCCAUCCAGAUGCGGACGCAGACCAAGGACAGGGACAACGCGAAGAUGUACAAGGAGACGACGCGCGUCAUCUGGGACGAGGACCUGCCGAGCGGCACGAAGAAGAUCCCGCGGAAGAUCAAGAUGAAGAUCGGCGACGUCCUCGUGCUCGGCUUCUACAGCUCCUGGAAGCCCCACGACGUCAUGGGCAGCUGCUACGACGACAAGGGCGACGACGAGAUCCUCGAGGACCUCCACGACGGCAUGGUGCCCUACGGCUGGAUGGGCGGCAAGCGGCGCUCGGACUACCCCGACGGGUCGGGCUUCGAGUGGAUGGGCCACAUCCGGACGGGCUGGCUCGUCGAGGGCGCCUGCUACGCGUACCGGGCCGCGCGCAAGGGCGCGGGGACCCUCGAGUACCAGCACAUGGUCCCCGAGGGCGACCAGGACUCGGAUUAUUCCGGCUCGGACUGA